AUGGCCCUGUCCACCUUCACACAGGCUGCAGGCGCAGUGGCGACGCACACCGUUGUGGCCAUUGUGUACCUGGGUGCCCUUAGCCGCCUCACACACGGCGUCUACACACCAGCCUUUUACGAGUACCAGCUGGAUCGGGCGCCAGAUAACGAGUCGACGCGGCUCAUCCCGUACGUCGACGCGGCGUUGGCGACGCUGGCGCUGGUGCGGGCCACGCGCUCGUACGCGCUGUUCUUCUGCUUCGCGUUCCAAGUCAUGGGCCUGGGAUUGAGGCUGCGGGAGGGCAAGGACGCCCUGCUAGACACGGCUCUGGCUGCGGCGACAGCAGUGGCUCUGGUCACGUCGGUGGUGAGGGACGUGAGAGUCGCUGCACGGUAG